CUUGGAUUGAUUUGGUAUCAUGUCAUUAUGGUUCGAACAAUAACCCGAAAACAGUGGCAAAUAGUAUUUGGGGGAGAAUUCUACGUGGUCAUUUCCGUCUCAAACAAUUUACUAGCACAUCUCUAACCGUCAAAAGUAAACAAUGGACGGUUAUUGAGGUGUCUCCCUUUUUUACACUGUCCAAACCGAUUACAAAUUACAAAAGCACAAGAAAACCUUUGAAACUCAGUUGGCCACUCCAACUUUCUCUCUCUCUCUCUCCAAUGAAAGGUCGAGGAGAACUUUAAUGGCAGAGUGCUUCAUGAUGAAAUUACCCAUCAUAAUUUCUUUCUUAAAUCCCCUCUCAUUGCAUCUCUCCUCUUCCUGCUUAUUCACAUUUUCCUGUCCAUUUCAUCCUCACAAUGUUUCUCUAACUUUUCCAUAACAAUUUCAUGGCUCCCGCAUUUCACUCUGUACUUGGGUCAGUCUCAACUUCCCUUAUUCCCUCUUUCCAACGCAGAAUUUCCUUCGGCUCAACUUCUCACUCUUACCACGAGCUUCACAAGUAUUGUUCUUCGAAUGGUGGAAGAGUGAAAUUCAAUUGUCUCAGUCUCAGCUACUCUGUUCUGAACCAUGCCGUGGACGAUUUCUUUGAAGAUGAACUCAGAGGGAAACAAUUUGGUUAUAAUAAUUCCAUAACUAAUGUAUUUAAAUUGGGAAACCAGAAAGAUGGUUUCCACUUCCUUUACACAAUGGAAGAGCGAGGCGUAAGCGCUGACCAUAAAACUUACCUAUGGCUUUUAGAGGGCUCUCUGAAAAAUGGGUCUUUGAGGAAUGCUAGAAAACUCCAUGGAAGGAUUAUAAAAGCUGGUUUUGAACAUGAAUUGACACUUGAGAACCAAUUGAUUCAUGUAUAUAAAAGCGUAGGCGAAGAGAACGAAGCACGAAAAUUGUUCAAUGGAAUGACUGAUAGAGAUGUAACCUCAUGGAACAGUAUAAUUACAGGUUAUGUAACAGAUAAGCUCAAUGCUCAGGCCCUUAAACUCUUCUCUAGAAUGAUAUCCGAGGCAAUUAGGCCUAAUGGGUCGAUCUUUUCGAGUGUUUUAAGAGCAUGUAAUGGUGCCAAAUCUCUAAAUUUUAUCACCCAAGUUCAUGCCAAGGCUAUCAGAAUGGGCUUUGAGGCUGAUCCGAUGGUUGGGAACCCUCUAAUCGAUCUAUACGCAAAGAUUGGAGAUUUUCAUUCUGCUCGUGUGAUCUUUGAUGAGAUUUUUUGGAGAGAUAGUGUUUCAUGGGUGGCCAUGAUCUCUGGUUAUUCUCAGAAUGGCCAUAGCCAAGAAGCCCUCCUCCUCUUCUCUCACAUGUUGGGUUCAGGGGUCUUUCCUACUCCAUACAUAUUCUCCAGUGUUAUAAGUGCUUGCACCAAGAUUGAGUUUUUUGAGCAAGGUGAGCAGCUCCAUGGCUAUGUCCUCAAGCUUGGCUUUUGUUCAGAGACCUUUGUGGGCAAUGCGCUCGUGAGCUUAUAUUUAAGGUGUGGAAAUGUGGCCUCAGCCGAAAGGAUGUUCGGAGAAAUGCACUGUAAAGAUGGUAUUACAUGGAAUUCAAUCAUUUCGGGGCACGCUCAGUCAGGGAAUAGUGAGAAAGCCCUUCAAUACUUCAAAGAAAUGCAGUUUUCGGGAUUCAAAGCAGACUGUGUAACCUCAGCAAGCCUCCUGAGCGCCUGCGCCACACUUGGGGAGCUUCAGAAAGGCCAAAAGCUUCACAGUCUUGUGAUAAAAUCUGGCCAUUUAACUGAUAUCAUAGUAGAAGGUUCCCUGCUUGAUUUUUACGUAAAAUGCGGUGAAAUCAAAGAUGCCCAUCAGCAUUUCGAGGCCACUGACAGGGGCAAUAUCGUCCUUUGGAAUGUGAUGCUCGUGGCCUAUGGCCAGUUGGGUAACUUAACAGAGUCCCUCAAGCUUUUUCAGGAUAUGCAGCUUAGAGAGGUAUUCCCUAACCAAUACACUUAUCCCAGUAUCCUUCGAACCUGUACUCUUCUUGGAGUUAUUGACCUUGGAGAACAAAUACAUACUCAUAUUAUAAAGAUGGGUUUUGAGCUUAAUGUCUAUGUCUGCAGUGUUCUUAUAGAUAUGUAUGCUAAAUGUGGGAGGCUUAAAGAGGCUCGAAUGAUACUUGAAAGGCUGGAGGAGCCUGAUCUAGUUUCAUGGACGGCCAUGAUCGCUGGAUAUGGUCAGCAAGACUGUGAUCUAAUGGCUCUAGAGCUCUUUGAAGAAAUGCAGGCCCAAGGGAUCGAAUCUGAUAAUAUAGGGUUUGCUAGUGCUCUCAGCGCUUGUGCAGGGCUUCAAGCCAUUAAACAAGGGCAACAAAUCCAUGCUCGUUCGAUAGUUUGCGGUUAUUUCUCCGAUAUUUCUAUUGGAAAUUCACUCAUUACUUUGUAUGCUAAAAUGGGUCUUAUAGAAGAAGCAUAUAAAGCAUUUGGAUGCAUUGGAAACAGGGAUGAGAUAUCUUGGAAUGCCUUAAUCUCAGGGUUUGGGCAGUUUGGGCAGUUUGAGGAAGCGAUGAAAGUUUUUGGGCAGAUGAGAAGGUCAGGGUUCAAACCCAACCUUUUCACUUAUUGUUCUUCUGUUAGUGUUUGUGCAAACAUGACUGACCUUAAGCAGGGUAAACAGAUCCACACAGAGAUUAUUAAAACAGGUUAUGAGAGUGAAACUGAGACCCAAAAUGUGCUCGUUACUCUCUAUGCAAAGUGCGGGAGUAUCGAAGAAGCGAGGAGAGUAUUUUGGGAGACGCCUCAAAAGAAUGAAGUCUCAUGGAAUGCUAUAAUCACAGGUUUAUCUCAACAUGGGUUCGGGAGAGAUGCUUUAAAGCUCUUUAGAGAGAUGAAGAAACAAGGCUUAAAACCCACCCAUGUUACAUUUGUGAGUGUUCUCUCAGCUUGUAGCCAUGUGGGCCUAGUGCGAGAAGGUCUGAGCUACUUUGAAUCCAUGGCCAAAGAUCAUAACAUUUCUCCUCGUCCUGAACACUAUGCAUGUGUGGUAGACCUUUUAGGCCGAGCUGGUCUCUUAUUGGAGGCAAAAAGGUUCAUAGAUAACAUGCCUAUUGAACCUGAUGCUAUGGUUUGGAAGACCUUUCUUAGUGCCUGCACAGUGCAUAAGAACUUGGAGCUUGGUGAGGCUGCAGCUAAGAGUCUUCUGGAAUUGGACUCACAUGAUUCCGCAGCUUAUGUCUUGCUAUCGAACGCAUAUGCAAAGAGGGGUAGAUGGGAUGAGAGAGAUAAGAUUAGGCUUCUGAUGAGAGAGAAAGGAGUGAGAAAGGAGCCAGGGCAAAGUUGGAUAGAGGUUGCUCAUUCAGUGAGCUCAUUCUUUGUCGGGGAUCGGUUGCAUCCGCAGGCAGAUGAGAUAUACGAAAAAUUAAAGGAUUUGAACAGCUUGGUUGAGGAAAUUGGAUACAUUCCUGAAAAAAACAGUCUCUUACAAGAUGUAGAAAGAGAAAGCAAGGACCCAGAUACACUUGUGCAUAGUGAGAAGCUGGCUGUUAGUUUUGGGCUCAUGGGUUUGGCUCCUCUGGUCCCUGUUAGAGUGAUUAAGAACCUUCGCGUGUGCAAUGACUGCCAUAAUUGGAUGAAAUUUGUUUCACGUGUUAGUGGGCGAGCUGUUAUAGUGAGAGAUGCAAAUCGGUUUCAUCACUUUGAGGGAGGGGUUUGCUCGUGUGGGGAUUACUGGUGAUCUCUGGACCUGGUAAGCACCAGAAAUACUGUAGAUCAGUUCUUUCUUGGGGGAUGGAAUUCUUUUCACUCUUUAUCCUGGUUACUGAACCAAGGAAAGUGAGCUUUGUAUCAUGUAUUUGUAUA